UUCUGAGCUCCGCGGUGAGGGUCGCCUCGAGAGACUGUUUCUGAGGUGGGGGCCGGACUGUGCGGGGAGCGAAGGCGGGAGCGGGGAUACGCGGGAGAGCAGGAAUUCUGAAAUCCCCAGCACUUCCUCCCUCCGGAGGAUUUGAUCCCCCAUGGCCACGGCUAACAGCAUCAUUGUGUUGGAUGAUGAUGACGAAGAUGAAGCAGCUGCUCAGCCAGGGCCCUCCUCCUACCCGCCCCCCAAUCCGGCCUCACCCCGGGCAGAAGCUCCUGGCUCCUCUGAGCCCCCUGGGGCUGGAGGAAGCAGUAGUUCCGGUGGCAAGAAAUGCUACAAGUUGGAGAAUGAGAAGCUUUUUGAAGAGUUCCUUGAACUGUGUAAGAUGCAGACAUCUGACCACCCCGAGGUGGUUCCAUUCCUCUGUAAACUGCAACAGCGUGCUCACUCUGUGUUUCUGGCCUCCGCCGAGUUCUGCAACAUCCUCUCUCGGGUCCUCUCUCGGGCCCGCAGCCGGCCAUCUAAGCUGUACGUGUACAUCAACGAGCUCUGUACUGUUCUCAAGGCCCACUCGGCCAAGAAGAAGCUGAACCCAGCCCCUGUUGCCACUGCGGCUAGUGAGCCAUCUGGGAGUAACCCUCCCACAGACCCCUCCUCAGAUCCUCCAAAUGCUGAAGCCACUGCCUCUGAGGCUCCAAGGACCCGUGGGUCCCGGCGGCAGAUCCAGCGUUUAGAGCAGCUCCUGGCACUCUAUGUGGCGGAGAUCCGGAGGCUGCAGGAGAAGGAGCUGGAUCUCUCAGAACUGGAUGACCCAGACUCUACAUAUCUGCAGGAGGCCCGGUUGAAGAGGAAGCUGAUCCGCUUGUUUGGGCGUCUGUGUGAGCUCAAGGAGUGCUCUUCAUUGACAGGGCGAGUCAUCGAGCAGCGCAUCCCCUACCGAGGCACCCGCUACCCUGAGGUUAACAGGUGUAUUGAGCGGCUCAUCAACAAGCCAGGGCCUGAUACCUUCCCUGACUAUGGAGAUGUGCUGCGGGCUGUAGAGAAGGCAGCUGCUCGACACAGUCUCGGCCUUUCCCGACAGCAGCUCCAGCUCAUGGCGCAGGAUGCCUUUCGGGAUGUGGGCAUCCGGUUACAGGAGCGGCGCCACCUGGAUCUCAUCUACAACUUUGGCUGCCACCUCACAGAUGACUAUAGGCCAGGCGUUGACCCUGCACUGUCAGACCCUGCACUAGCCCGGCGCCUGCAGGAAAACCGGAGUCUGGCCCUGAGCCGGCUGGAUGAAGUUAUCUCCAGAUACGCAGUGAUGCAAGACAAAAGUGAGGAGAUGGAGAGACAGAAGAGGAGGGCGCGGGCCUCCCGGGGUGCCUCUUCCCGUUCUGCAGGCUCCCCCAAAGCCUCCUUGGAUUCUGGUGAGGGCCCCAGUGGGAUAGGGUCUCAGGAGUGCCCGACUGCCUCCAAGGCUGAGACUGAUGAUGAGGAAGAUGAGGGAAGUGAGGAAGAGGAGGAUGAGGACGCCACUGAUUCUGAAGACAAGGAGGAUCUAGAACAUCUACAGGAAGCUCAGGGGGACGAGGAUGAGGAAGAUGAGAAGGAGAGUGCAGGUAAGGAUGGAGACAAGAGCCCCAAGUCCCCAGCACAGGUCUCCACUGAAAAGAACCAGGAAGCUGUCAAAAGAAUCUGCAGGGCUUCAGGGGGGCGACAAAACAAACUCCCAGUGUCACCAGCCUCGGAGUCAGAAGAACCCCUAGCCCACUCAAGCGUGGGUGCUGAGAAUAAUGGAGAGCAGCUUGAAGAGCUGCCCCUGGAGGGAGAGAGCCCUGCGUCACAGCUCUUUGAGCUGGAGAUUGAAGCCUUGCCCGUGGACACCACCCCUUCUCCCGAGGAAAGCAACAUUUCCUCUUCCCGGAAGCAGCCGGAGGAUCCUCUUACUGAAGUAGUGGAGAAUGGAGCAGCCACGGUCACCUCCACAUCCUUCAAUGGAGGUGUCUCUCCUCACACAUGGAGAGAUCCCAGUCCCCCCUGCAAGAAGUCUCGGAAGGAGAAGCAGCAGCCUGGAUCAGGACAGUUAGGAAACAGCAUUUUGGAAAGGCAAAGGGCACUGCCCGGGAAGAACACGAAGAUCUGCACGCUGCCCAGCCCGCUGUACCCCUUGGUGUCCCCGGCCCCGGCUGCUGAUUCCUCUACAAGGGUGGACUCUCCCAGCCACGGCCUGGUCACCAGCUCCCUCUCUAGCCCUGCUCCAGCUCGGUUGCCCCGUGUCCCCCAGUGCCCUCCCCGGCCCAGUACCUACAAGAUGAGUGUGGCCACGCAGUGCGACCCGGAGGAGAUCAUCGUGCUGUCAGACUCUGAUUAGCUGCCUCCUCCGCUUCCUGCCCCGGAAUGCAUUUGUUAACUUGAUUUUUUUUUUUUUUUUGGUACCGGGGAUCGAACUCGGGUCUUUGCGCUUGCGCAGCAGGCGGUGAAACCACUGAGCUAAAUCCCCGGCCCCCGGAAUGCAUUUGGAGGGUGGUGGGAAGCGAACGGCUCCGGAAGGGACGGCUCGCUAAUCCCUUCUUGGUGGUGUUUCUUUUAAAAAUUUAGAAACUUAAGUUUUACACCGACAUUAAUAAACAAUAAAAUUCUUUUCUUAUUGUA